CAUGUUACUGUGCUUGGAAAUAGCAUAAGAGUACCCGCCCAAUCCUGACUUCUCACUGGUGGAUUAACUUCAAGCGAGCCUUUGAGACUUGUUGAAUUCCCCCAGUCCCAACUGCUUCUUUCUGAUAGUUGCUCUUUAAAAAAAACCUUGCAAUAAACUAUUCAUAUCCCCUUCUUCAACUCUCCAAACCAUGCCCACCUCCAAAUUCUCCAACCCCAUAAUCCCCGGUUUCGCACCCGACCCCUCAAUCUGUGUCGUCCCACCAAGCUCCACCUCCCGCUCAACUAAAACAUCAUAUUUCCUCACAACAAGCACAUUUAACCUCUUCCCCAGCUGUGCAAUCCACCAUUCUACAGAUCUCCUCAACUGGGAAUUAAUCGGUCAUGCCUUGACAAGGAGAAGUCAGAUUGAGAUGCGGACGCCGGAGGCGGGAGGUGGGAGCUGGGCGAGUACGUUGAGACAUAGAGUCGAGGAUGAUGGGAAGGGGGAGGGAGGAAAGGUUGGGAGGUGGUAUCUUUGUACGGGUGUUUUCGCGAGGUAUAGACCGCAGAUGGAUGAACGGAUCUUCCCACGAGGCUUCUAUGUAACCACCACCAAUAUCUGGGACUCAUCGAGCUGGUCAGACCCAAUCUAUUUCGACAACCCUGGUUUCGACCAAGACCUCUUCUGGGACGACGACGGCAAUGUGUACCUCUCAACCACCGUCCGCAUGUCCCCCCGUAGCGGCGAUCCCAGGAAAAAAGACUUCGCAAUCCACAUCUCCGAGAUCUCCCUCCCUACAGGCACAACCCUCACCGCACCCGUCGUAAUCCGCGAAUCGCCCUUCGGGAUCGCAGAAGGCUCUCACAUCAUCAAAAAAGGUAAAUACUACUAUCUUUUCACAGCCGAAGGUGGCACCGAGCAAGGCCACCAGGAAUGGGUAUUUCGUAGCUCGAAAGGUGUGUUUGGACCGUGGGAGGCGAAUGAGAAGGGUGGGCCGUUGUGGUAUAAUGGCCCGGAGGAAGUGGUGCAGAGGACGGGGCAUGUGGAUGUUUUUGAGGAUGGGGAGGGGAGGUGGUGGGCUGUUUUGUUGGGGGUUAGGCCGAUGAGGGAUGAGGAGGGGAGGUGGUUGGAGCCGCAGUUGGGGAGGGAGACGUUUUUGGUUGGUGUGGAGUGGGUUGAUGAUUGGCCUGUUUUUAAUGGUGGGAAGAAUGUCGGAAUUGUGACGGAGGGACCGGAGGGUGUUGUUCAAGUGGCGAAGGAGAAGAAUUGGAAAGCUGAAUUAAGAAGAGAAGAUUUGGAGCUGGGUUGGUAUGAGAAGAAUACACCGCUGAAGAAAUGUUGGUCUUUGACUGAACGGGCCGGUUGGCUGACUAUCCACGGUGGAUGCUACAACUUGACAUCUCCGGAAGCACCGACAAUGCUACUGAGGAGACAGACUGCUUUUGAGCAAAUAUUCUCCGUGAUCUUGGAUUUUGACCCACAGAAGGCUGGAUACGAAGCUGGGCUGGUUUUGUGGUGGGAUAUGCAUUCUUUUGCGAGUGUCGGAGUAACUCUUACUUCGACUGGUAAGAGGGCCAUCAUCAUAAAGACACCAAUAGAUGUCCCAGAUGAGGUCACAGUGAGUAGGAAGAGAUAUCCCAAAAUUUGAGCUUGGUGCUGAUUAAGCGAACAGGAGCAAAUCCACCCACUGGAAAAUGAUGACCCUGUGUACUUGAAGAUUUCUGCCGCGAAAACAAGCUAUCUCAUGAGCUUCUCGACUCCAGUAACCGACGGCAACUUCACGACAGUAGCCGUGGAAAGCAAGGUAUUGACGAAGACCCCGCCGGUUGGCCAACCAUUCUUGGGAGCCAUGUUUGGGCUCU